AAAAGAUCCUCGGUCCGGAGCCGGCAUUACCCGCGUCAAUCUUUAUCUUUUGGCAUUUGUCUCUUGGUAAAUUGAAUACCCUGGUAUACCGUGCACUGAUCAAGUGGUCUGCAACGAGAACUCCACCCCAGACAUUGUUACUCAUACAAAAACGAGACGACAAGACGACGGUUGUUCCGCCGGGGAAGGAAGACGACACAAGACAAAAUCAUGAUUGCCACAACGGACGCUCAAGACGAGAGAAAGACCACCCACGUCGCCCGGGUCGAACAAUGGGGUCAGGCACCAAGGUAUACGACGGUCGAAACUACAAAAAGUUCCGAACCACCCGAACCCGAUGACCACGACCAGGUCCGGCUCAAGGUCUCCGCCACCGCCAUCCACAGCCUCGUCCGCCUCCGGGCCUCGGGGACACACUACUCCGCCAAGACGUUGCCUCACGUCCCCGGGGUCGACGGUGUCGGAACCACCCUUGAAGGUCACGGGGCCUACUUUUUCGACUUCCACGGUUCGUCGGGUACCUUUGGGGACGUCGUGACGGUUCCCAAAACCAACGUGUUUCCUCUUCCUCCCGGGGCCGACCCGAUUCAAAUUGCCGCCCUCGUCAACCCGGGGAUGUCCAGUUGGCUGGCGUUGAGGAAGCGAGCCUUCCGCCUGCCCCCCGACUUUUCGGUGUUGAUACUGGGAGCGACAUCUACGUCGGGAAGAUUGGCCAUUCCCAUAUCGAGGGCCUUGGGUGCCGGCAGAGUCAUCGGAUGCGCGAGAAACCCAGACGCCCUCUCUGAGCUAGAGUUGGACUCGACCGUCGUCCUACAAGACCCGGUGACGUCGACCGAUUUUUCGUGUCUGGGCCACGUCGACGUCAUUCUAGAUUAUCUCUACGGUCCACCCACGGAACAUUUGUUGCAUUCGAUCAAACCCACCACCAAACUCACACAGUACAUCAACAUCGGCGGCCUCGCCGGUGCCAAGAUCUCCCUACAAUCGAAGGUGGUGAGGUCCUCGAAACUGGUCAUGCUGGGGUCGGGUAUAGGGAGUUGCAGUGACGAAGAAAUUCGCGAAGAGAUGCCGGACUUGAUAAAGGCGUUGGUGUCUUUGCCCGUGCCGAAAAUCCAAGUUUUCAGACUGAGCGAGAUCGAAACGGUUUGGGGAAGAAAAGUCGGUGAUGCCAGGAUCGUUAUGGUUCCGUGA